ACACCUGCCUGCGUGCUUACGCGCAGGCGUAAAAAAAGUUCGGUGGCGUUAGCUGUGCCGCUAGUCACCUUUUACCAGCAGAGAGGGAAGUAACAUUUGGGGGAUUUAAAGAAAAACAACCUGGAGACAGCGUCAAAGAAUUGAAGCGGUACACCGUGGAUUGCGGGAAAGCGUAACUAUCCGCUGCACUUUGGAAGAAACUCGGCGUGUAGGGAAAUGAUCACGAGUGCGAGUGGAAGUUUGUGUUUACUGAUGUUGUGGUAGCUAGCUGGUUGGCCCUGUUAGCUUGUUAGCGAGGAAGGUGCGCGCUGUGGGCAUCAACAUUUACAACUAGACCAACUUAACCGGCAAGUUAGGGAACUGGCAUGUCGCCGCGUAUAUCCUAACAUUGAUAAAAAAAAAAAAAAAACGGUUUGGCAGAUGUUGUGGUGGCUCGCUGGUUUGGCUAUCAAACUCAUGUAAACGUGAGUGCGGGCCACGAGCUUUGAAUCCUGUGGGGUCGUGUCAACCACAAAUAACGCUCAUACAUAGAGAGAGGGGCGGCACAUUGAUCCACGAUCCAGCUACAGAGCAGCUCAUCGCUAUCAAACAUCCCAGCGUCUUCUUUUUGUCGCUCCGGAUGAUCCGUAGGGUCUGUCAGGCUUGCAAAGUUGAACCUGCGACCCUCCUCCUCCUCCUCCUCCUCCUCCUCAUCGGACCUAGUUCAUCGUCUUCUUCCACGAUGGGCCCCCUCCUCAGCUAGUACGACGCGUGGAAACUAUCAGCAGCCCUCAAACCAUGGGAGGAUGUGUGGGGAGAUACUGGGAAGGCUGGGAGGACACACAGAGCCGAGGCUCGUCCAGGAACGGUGGACGAGGAGGACGUAACGAGCCUCUGAAGAAAGAUCGUCCCAAGUGGAAGAGCGACUAUCCGAUGACAGAGGGUCAGUUACGGAGCAAACGGGAUGAAUUCUGGGACACGGCGCCAGCAUUUGAAGGCCGCAAAGAGAUCUGGGACGCCCUGAAAGCUGCGGCUGUGGCCCUGGAGUGUAACGACCACGAGCUGGCACAGGCUAUAGUGGAUGGAGCUAGUAUCACACUGCCACAUGGUACUCUCGCAGAAUGUUACGAUGAACUCGGGAACCGCUACCAGCUGCCCGUCUACUGUCUGGCUCCACCAGUCAACCUCAUCUCAGAGCGCAGCGACGAGGACCCCAGCGACAGCCCCGAACCCCCUGUAGCACCGAAGAAGGAAUUCCAGCUCAAGGUACGGCUCUCCACGGGCAAGGACCUGCGCCUCAGUGCCAGCAUGGCCGACACCAUAGGGCAACUGAAGAAGCAGCUGCAGGCUCAGGAUGACAUCGACGCCACCCACCAGCGCUGGUUCUUCUCUGGGAAGCUGCUCACAGACAAGACGCGGCUGCAGGACACUAAGAUCCAGAAGGACUUUGUCAUCCAGGUCAUCGUCAACCCGCAGGCCCUCCAAGCCCCCAAGCUGUCACCCACCACCACUGCCUCCUCGCCUUCAUCCGAGUAAUUGAGGACACAGAGGACGGAUGGAAGGACAGUGCCGUGGGUAGAGAGGAUGGUGGCAGGCAGUAAAGGACCAGAGGUGCCUCCUUUUGUCUGGAUAAGUAGUUAGCUUUUUGACAGCUACUGAAAUAAAAAUCAAACUGUGGAGGUACAAAACUACUUUGGAGCAAAAACAUGAGGGAGAAACUCAAAAGUGCUGCUUUCUUUCAUCUACCAUGUGUCAUUGUAUUUUUUGGGGUCUGCUGGGUUGUUCUUUAAGUGAAUCCAGUCAGCACACUAAUUCUAGAGAUCCUCGUCUCCGUGUCUCUUUGAAUCAUCUUGAAUAACAGCAGAACUUAUCAUGCUGGUGUGCAGCCUUUCAACCACAUAAUCAGCACAUCAUGCUGCUGAUGCAGACUCUGCCUCUGCCUUUGUAUCUGCACUAAUGCUAACUAAGUGCCAAUGGAAGAAAUGCAGAGGUGCUUGUGUUGGUUCUAAAGCACAUUUCUACUAUGACGCCCAUGGACACUGCAAUUCUCCUCCACAGAAACAGGAGGGGGCUGGCAGAGAGUGAGAUACUGAAUAUUUCUUUCUUUUUUCCCCCCCCUUCAUCCUUUUAUUGAUGAAAUAAUGUAAACUGAGCUUUUUUGCACAUUUGAAGAUUAUUACUAUACUUUUGUGGUAGUUUGUGUGCCUUCUACAAGACGAAACAAAAAAAGGGUUAAUGUCCUGAAAGACGUUAGUUUUACCGCUAGGCUAAGACUAAGUAUUUUUUUUUAGAUUCAGGAACUCUUAGAUCAAUUCUAAGCUAUAACUGCUGCCUUUUUUAAAUGAUUUCAUGAAUCUUGCAGACAAAACAUUUGGUGUGUGUGUGUGUGCUGUGUGUGUCUGUGUGUGUCUGUGUGUGUGUGUGUGUGUGUGUGUGUGUGUACUAGGCCAAUAUCAUACUCUUCAGUUUGACAUAGCUCACAGAGAUAAGACUGUUUCCCUGGUGUAUCAGUCAUUGCAGUCAAUCAUAUCAUACUGUCUAGAGAAAAAGAAAUUUCCAUGCAAAAAUGGUCUUAAGCUGCAUUACUGAUCACUUAAUGAAGCCCCCUCCCCGACCACUAGGGGGCAGCAACACAGCCCUGAUAUAUUCUGUUCAGUUGCUUAGGGCUAGUUGUCCUUUUUCUCGUCACCUGAUGAAUGUAAAUCCAGUAUUCAUUCGCCUUUUGAUUCUUGAUGUGGUCCAAUAUGUGUCACGUUUGUCUGUUACAUCUCAAUGUUUGCCUUUCGUCACCAGCAUACACACGGCUUGUGUUCAAUGGCUGCCUACACGUUUUAUAUGUGGGAUUGGUGACAGCCAUUGGGAGUCUAUAUGGAGCGGUGAACCAAAACAAUAAGCUGAGGUGUUGAUUCUCAGUGGAACUGGCAGUACUAGGAACUCCUACAGGAAGAAAAAUGUUGAUUACAAGUUUGAAAAGUAUAGGCGUGAGCAUGCAGCAGGCUCUAACCUAAGACCCUAUCCAGCUGUAUUAUGGGAAAUGUAGGACCCAGGUUUUUUUUCAUUAGCUUGACCCCAUACAAGAAGUCCACAUAUCUCUGCCAUGGCUGCUUCUGUUUUCACCGUUAUUUUUUUUUAUCUGACUCUUCCAAGUCCUCCAAGUUUAUGGAAGUUUACUAAAUCUCCAGAGUACCCCUUUAAUGAGCUGUAAGUCGCUUGAGCACAGCUGAAAUGACAAUAUAACAUUUGAUUGGACACUGUUAAAUUCGUAGACAACAUGUUGGACAAGUGACAGUAAUUAUAUUUUUUUCCUGACAAGACAAAACAAAGCAAACUUAUCAGCUUUAUUUUUGUAAUGACCCUUUUCACUUCACUUGACUUCAGACAGCAUAGUGCAAACACUGUACCACUGCGUAGACAUUAGUCUUUACUAAUGUUUGGUCUGGAGGGCAGAGACUAUUUGUUUGUAACCACUCUUUUUCAAACAGCGGGUCAAUUCUUAAUUUUGACACUGAGCAAUGUCAGCCUUUUGCCUGUAUAUAUUAUAUAUAGUACAGCUGCAGUGACUACGACUGAUCAUUGUUGUAUGGCAAAUAUAAUUUUUCUGAUGGAAAUGAGCCUCCAGCUUUGUCACCGACCACAGUGGCUGCCAGAGGACAGAAACAUGUCAGUCACCGCCUUCAAUUUAUGCUGGCAGUCCUUGGCUCAAGUUCCAAUUAUGCCUGACAGUCUAAGUGGUAGAAACACAUUAAAAUACUGUGGCUACAUUCAACUGCAGCUCAAAUUGCGCAGUUUAGACAUCAUUGCUCCCGUGGAUCAUUUGGACAUGUAAGAAAUAAUUUAUCUGAACUCUGAAAGCACAAUAAAGUUUUUGCUUUUUCAGUUGGAGACAUUUAUUAUACAUUUCAUACUUGUCAGCUUUUCUGAGAAGUGUGUUAGCAUUUAAGGCAACAUGACACAACUAUGGGAAACGGAUGACUUUUAACCACCGCUGAUGUUAAAUACCACAGAAUCUUCUUUGAAAACAACAAUCUAAAUUUAUGUGGAUGAAUUGUAAUCACUUAUGAUCCUUUUACAUUUGUAUCCAUCAUCAGGUCCAAUAUCCAGUUAUCCAACACUUUGGUUUAUGACCAAAUAACCCUAACCCUUGCCUUCUAGAAAUUUCAAAGAGGGGACUUGAAACCACAUGUACUCUAUCCCAGAGAGGAGAAGCAAAGAUACAAAAACCCUUUCGCUCUGCUUGUUUCGCUGUCACUUCCAGGUCCUAUCGGUGUCAGAUCUGACUGGGUUACAUCCCAGAAUAGAACCAAGACCUGCUUUGUGAAUGUAGCCUGUGUUGUGCUAGUCAUGUCUGAUUUCCCCCAAACACACUAGUAGCUUGAUGUUGCAUUGUUUUCAUUCACCGCUCCUGUCACACAGUUCUCUAGCAGUAUAUGAUCAUGGAGGGAAUAAAAGUGAACCAUCAGUGUGAAACCUAACUGAGCCACAGCUCGCCACAUCAAGAAAAUGGUUUCUUUUAAAAAGUAAUUUCACCCUUUUUUUUUUGUCUCUUUUCUAUCCAGUUUCAGCUAAUCACAAUCACCCUUUUUGAUUAUUUCCAGGCCUUCUUUGCCUUUUCUUAUAGCAGUGGUUCUUCUGGGGAUAUUUCUUAAUCAUUGUAUGCAAACUUGAAUGAGCAUUUUCUCUGUAUGUGCAAUACAAUAGACAUAGACCUCAUAUCAUUUUUGUUUUGUUCCUCUGACUCUACAGAUUUCUAUGAGUAUUGUUAAAGAAAUGUCAAGUACAGGCAGAAGCCUGCUAUAAUCAGACGCCUCUGUCAGCUGUUUCAAAUGUUCAUGUUUGUCCCUUUGAAAUGUAUUCUAAGCUGUCGUCUUGACCAUUCAGAUGGGCUCUCACCUUUUAACAGAGUAAAUAUCUAAACAUUAAAAUAAAAAAAUGCCUACACAACUCUUCUCUCCCGGUGUCCGUUCAGCGCUCUGCCCCGCGCGUCUCGGCUGUGAAGGUUAGGGUGUCAUUGAGCCUCGGGGUGGAGGGGGGAGGGGGGAAGCUUUGUUGACAACUUUAUCAAUAGCGUCUCCUGUUACUGCGUCCUUGCUGAAGUGAGCCAUGGGUAGUGUCCCUGUGCUUGUCCUCAGCUCAUAUUAGUAACAGGCAGUGGCCUUUGUUUCGUGUCAAACUGUAAGGCACAAGAUAUUUGUACAAUGUAAAAUUAAAAGGGCUUGAGGAACUUUAAGGUGUUCCUCCAGUUGCAACCAUCAGAGAGCUCCAGAGGAAACCCUCUUAUUGACGGUUGUAGUAAAACCAGUCUCUUUGCCACUAGCAAUUCAGUAUGGAGCGUCUCUUUGUUUUAAGGGAAGGGCAUACAAAUACAUAAUAAUGUGCUGCUCCCCUUUAACGUGCUAUAAUAUAGAUAGAUGUGCAUAUUUUUGAAGGAGGAUGGAAUUACUUUGUCUAAAUCCACCAGUUUUAAAAAGCUGUAGCAAAAAUCAAUCUCCAAAUAAAGUUAAAUUACUAUGUUUCCUCCAUUCUCCAACACUUCUAUUUAGAUGUAGCAGAGUAUGUUAAGGUCUUCAUGAAAAAGGCAUGUUAUUCUAGCUGGCUAGCUGGUUGGAGCUAUUCUGUUAUAUUAAUGCCACUCUGUAGAAUGUUUAUGUGAGCUUUCAAAUUAUUCAGACAGCAUAUGUUUUAUAUUUGUUGGACAAUUAGAACAAAGCAGGAGAGCGAGGGAUGACAGUCCUGAGAGGAUUUCUAAUCUAAGUGCAAACACCUGUACGGGUGGAGCCUGCAGGACCUUAACUCUGUUACUUCCACUCCAAAACACACUGUUGAAAUUCACUAGUUUAUUUCUAAUGCAAUGUGCAAUAAAUGCUUUUUCUCCAUCCUUAGUGCAGCACAGAUACUUGUACAGUAGCUCAUGUUGGGUAAUGGUCAAACUCUGUGCCUUAAAUCUGACUCAUUGUCAGACACAGAGGUCCAAUUCGGCCUUUUCAACCACCAGUAAAUUAAAAAGGGAAAAAAAAACCACAGCAAAUGAUUUCAAAUCUGUUUUUCCUAGUUGAUUUUUUUUAUCUUGCCUAUUCAUUUGUCAGCAUUGUAAGCUAAAGGUAUGUUAUUAGUGUGUCUCCAACAACUUCACCUCAGUUAUGAUUUUUUAAGGCACGGACUCUGCGAGUUUCAGCUCUCAGUUUAGUUCCAUCAUUUUAGUAAAGUUUAGAAAGCAUCUCUGCGAUUUUUCACCCAAAAAACUGAACUCAAGGUCUGGUUGCUAGCUUUUUUCCACACUGUCAACACACACCUUCCUCAAUUUUUUGACUUGACUUAGAGGAAAUGCACGUCUUCAUUCAAAUGUUUCUUUGGUACAACGCUUACAUGACAACCAAUGGCAGAACAUACACCCCUUCUCUUCUUUAAAAACUCAAAUUCCCAGAAGGCAUUGCAGUUAAACAAAGCCUUCACAUAAAAACAGCCAUAAAGCACCUCGGAAAGAAGAGAAAUCUCAUAUGUUUUUAAAAUGGUCCCUGUUGAUGAUUAAUGAAACCCACAUUUUAUUUUACACUUGGUGUGUUCAUUUAUAUGCUGAUUUCAUUUUCAAUCAUGUUUUUAAACUGUUGAAUAAAAUUUAGUGUGAAAAAAUUCA